CCAAUCCGCUUCUCUCCAAAACAGCAGGCAUAAAUAACUUCCCCAUCGCAGGGGUUAGGUUUUGAGAGCAAGAACAAACGCAGAGAGAGAUUUAGAUUUUCAUCAAUGGCUGACGAAGACUACAACGACGACAUCGGGGCAUAUGAUGAUGAGCCGCCAGAACCUGAGCCUGAGGAAGGAGCAGAAGAGGAUUUGGAAAAUAAUAACGAAGAGCCUCCUGAUGCUUUUGUUGGGACUGAAGGUGAGGAGAAAGAGGAGCAACCAGUACAACGGCCUCGGAAGACGUCAAAAUACAUGACAAAGUAUGAGCGUGCAAGAAUCUUGGGCACCCGUGCCCUGCAGAUCAGCAUGAAUGCCCCAGUGAUGGUUGAGUUGGAGGGCGAGACCGAUCCGCUGGAGAUUGCAAUGAAAGAGCUUCGGGAGCGCAAGAUACCAUUUACGAUCCGUCGCUAUUUACCAGAUGGAAGUUAUGAGGACUGGGGGGUUGAUGAGCUGAUUGUAGAAGACUCUUGGAAGAGGCAAGUUGGUGGUGACUGAUGAAGGCAAAUCUCUCUACAUCUCAACCAAUCUCAAUCCUAUUCCUGUUAGGUUUCUACUGGGAACAAAACUUAUAUCAGUCCUGUUCAUGGUGUGUAGAUCUUGACUGGUACCUCUAUAGAACUAGUGUGUAUGGUCUGUACAAACUUUGUUUCUCUUCGUUUACAACUUGUGGCAUGUUCCAUGGAUGGGGAUGGGACCUACUCAAGAUGGGGGAGUAUGGCCCCAGAAUCAGAUCCGUUAAAUGAUCUUAACUUAUGGUUAACAGACAUUUGCUUACUUGA